UAGGAUAACUGCGGUGUACUGUACACAUACAAUCACAACAGACACAUACAUAUUUAUCUAAAUAAAUAUCUAUGAACAAUUUAAAAAAUAAUGUUAUCAUUUUGAAAUUUCAAUUUUAUUUGAAGUAAACUAUACUAAAUCCAGAGUAUCGUUAACUUGGCAAUGAGCAAAAUUUACUCUAGAUUUACUUUAGAAUUUAAAGUACAUUUACAUUUUAAAGUGGUGGCAUUAUUUUUAAGAGUGUUCAUAUGUAUCUAAAUCUGCAUAAAUGUAGAUAGGUCAAUUUUAUUUUUGUCCCAUCCAAUGCAGGUAUACAUACACAUAGUUAAAUAUUUAAAUAAAUUUUUACCCAAUGAGUCAAUCAUGACUGGUAUAAGGACAUACUUGUUAAUUCGCAAAUCAUAAAAAUCUCUCUUUAUUGUCCAUCUCUAAAUAAAACGAGUCUAUAAAAUCUCUAAUGUGAAAAUUCAGGUUUUUUUAAUUUUCUCGUGUCAAUACACAAUAUUGAAACCAGUCCUCAGUGUAUGGAUUGAUGUCAGUGAGAAACAAUCUUCCCAGUACAAGUGUCAAUAGUUUUACAAAAUGGCACAAGUUUUGCACAGUUUAAUUAUUUUCGUACAAUCCGUCCUCGCAUAUUUUUUUCUGCCGUUAUUCGCACUUUUCAUAGGGAUAAUGAUUGUUUGGAGAAAGUGUGUAAAUAUUGUGGUGCAAAUUAUCAAAGCACGUGACGAAACGUGGAUCAUGCUACCGGCGAGUGCGACGGUGAUGGUUUCCACCUCGCCAUACGGGCCUCAUUCAUGGUCAGUCUUCGUUACCAUGAAGGUUACUCGGGAAGCGGUGAACUUAGAAAAAUUACGGACAGAUUUUUACCACAAUGUUGUACAAAGAUUGGCGAGAAAUUCGGAAUCAAAGCUUUAUCCAGAAUUAACCUCUUGUCUCACGGAACGGUUCGGGUACUAUUUUUGGAAACACUGUCCAACAUUUAGUAUUGAAGAACAGAUACAUUAUUUAGAUUUCCCGGAAAUUCAAAAUGUUGAAGAUCCCCACGACAUGAACAAACUUUCAAACUAUUUACUUCGAGGGAGGCGGUGGAAAGAGGGGAAACCGUUGUGGGAAGUGCUCCUCCUGCGAAAUAAGGGUGUCAAGAGUCUCGUAAUUUUCCGCAUUCAUCACGUGAUCGGGGACGGGCAUAGUAUUUUGAACAUGUGGGACAAAGUAUUCACGACGAAGGAUGCCCGCCCAGUGUUGCAGGGUGCCCCAGUCCAACAAAAGCGGGAUGAGUCGAGCCUGGACAAAAUUUGUUCUGUAAUUUUGGCACCGUAUCAUCUUGUCAAGUUGUUCAGGUCAUUGAGCAUGAAUCGUGAUAAGCUUCCUUGCAUCGAGGCGGACCCUGAGGUCGAAACCGUGUGCGCAGCGUCUACGGAAGGUCUACCGAUGACGGAAAUGAAAGCAAUUCGGGCUAAAUUCCACGUCUCAUUUUUACCCGUUUUACUCGCCGGUCUGGCCGGUGCGGUUCGUCAAUCCUUUGUCACCAAGGGGAUCAAAAUACCCGAAAAGAUACCCGUCUUAAGUAUCAUUCCGAGGGGAAUUCAUCCAGAACAAAAUCUUAAUCAUGGCACAAUUUGCAUAAUUCUUCUCCCGGUUGGAGAAUCUGAUCCAGUUCAGCGUUUGAAGAUGAUUUCAACCAGUGUGACAUCCUACAUUAAAUCUAGUCUGCCCAAUUUCCUUUAUCUAAUUGGUCUCUGCGAGGGCUCUCUACCAAUUCCGUUGGUACGUGCGAUCAAUAAAAACCCAAAAGAUGACGUUCCGCUCGUCCUGACCAAUGUGGUGGGCCCUCCGAACCGAUGCUUCGUGGCAGGCGAGGAGAUCGCCAGGAUUCAAAUGGGACAAAAUAUUCCUCUCCAAUUUUCAUCAGGAUUUGCGUAUGGGAUUGCUUUCUUGAGCUACGAUGGUGACACGACGCUGGGAGCGAUCGGUUUGGAGGAUUACUUUCCCAACUUGACCAUCCCCCAGAAGAUUAUGGCAGACUGUAUCAACGAAUGGAAGGUUUUACUGGAUGCCAACAUCGACAAGCAUGAAGGCGUGUCUCGAACAUUCGCAGUUUAAGUACAAAGAUCGUCUACGUAAAUAUGUAUGCAUUCCGAGCUUUUGAUGACUGAGGAUCAGUGACACAUUGUUGUCUUUAGGAAGCUAUUUCAAAAAACGGGGACGCAGACCAUGUUCAGCCCAGAUUAUUUUUGACCAUGUUUGUUUGCUCUUUGGAAACAACAUUUAGUUCGGCACUUGAGAAGAUGCGAAAAAUUCCGCAAGUUCUUGGCACCAGAAGUUUGCGAAUACGCGCAGUUUCCAGCGGAGUCUGCGUUUGUGGCAGCAGUUGGCAAUUGCAGGUUUCCGCGACCUUACGGCGCCCAGAACUUGCUUAAUUUUUCGCAUCUUCUCAAGUGCCGCACUAAAUGUUAUUUCGAAAGAGUUAUUUUUUCAAACUAACAUGGCAAAAAAAUAAUCUGGGCUAAACAUGGUUUGCGUUGCGUCCCCAUUAUUUGAGAUUAGGAAAUAGGUAAAGUAAAUAGUUCAAUUUAUUACUUUAAAAAAUAACAACUUUUAGUGCAACUUUACACAGAAACUGUAUGUACAAAGAAACUAAUUCCAUGAAAAUAAAUUGCUUAAGCGAAACAAUGCAAAUUCCAAAUAUUUUAAAAAGAUUUUCUUGAGAUGACUACGUCUCAUUAGUAAUUGACCCUUUUCUCGAAAAUGUUAAUUUAAAAAAUGCGAAACAUCAAAAAAGUUGAUUUUGUCAUUGGAUAUGAUAGAGCAACUAUCCGAGAUCACAAAAAUGUAAAAUUUGUCAAAAUCUGAGCAAAAUUCGAUUUUUGACGGUAAUUUAAACUCGCAAUAAAAUGAAUUAUUUUCGGAUUUCUUACAACCUUGAGUUGGUAUAGCUGUCGCAAUUGGCCCCAUGAAGUCUCGAACCCUUCUACAUUUUUUUCUACACAGAGCCCCACAACAUGUCCAAACUAAAAGACAUCAAAAUCUGGCGUUGACAAUCUCCGACGUUUUGUGGAUUGCAGUGCAACAAAUAAAUGCGGAAGAGGUGCAAGAAAUCGACGAUUAACGAAGCCAUUGGCAAAUUGUAAAAUCUGUGCGUUUUGUAAAUGUUACAAACUUUCACUAAAUAAAAAGACGCCCUGAUCUGAGCAAGUUUCAAAACUUUGUCAGCUAAUUCUCCUUAUAAAUAUUUUUAAAAUUCUGUAAAGUGUAUAAGAUUACUAAACUUUGGGAUUUUGCAAUGUUACCAAUGACUGUCAACUGUGAAUUGUUGGAAAUUCAGAAAAAUGUGAAAUAUCUUAUUCCCUCACCGGUAAUAAAAAUGAAGGCAAGUACAUA